GUGAACGCCCUCCAGAGCAAGUACGCUAAGACAAAGAUGGGGGUCAAAACCUUUACCCACAGUUCCCCCGCGCACAGUCAAGAGAUGCUGGAAAAGCUAAACGCCCUGCGCAACGAGGGCCACCUCUGCGACGUCACCAUCCGGGUCCAGGACAAGUUGUUUCUGGCGCACAAGGUGGUGCUGGCCUGCUGCAGCGAGUUCUUCCGCUCCAAACUAGUGGGCAGGCCUGAGGAGGAGGACAAGUUUGUGUUGGACUUGCACCACGUCACGGUGAGCGGCUUCACCCCCCUGCUGGAGUACGCCUACACCUCCACCCUCUCCAUCAACACAGAGAACAUCAUCGACGUUUUAGCCGCCGCCAGUUACAUGCAGAUGUUUGCCGUGGCGAGCACGUGCUCGGAAUUCAUGAAGUCCAGCAUCCUCUGGAGCGCCGGGAACAUGGGGCAGGAGAAACCGCAGGAGUCGGCUCUUGGCGAGAGCACUUCCUCCCACUGCGCUUUGACCCCGUUGGACAGCAGCCUGUCGCCUGUAUCGUCUGACUGCAGCGUGAUGGAGAGGAACAUCCCUGUGUGUCGCGAGUCACGCCGCAAACGUAAGAGCUUUAUCAUGAUGUCCCCAGAGAGCCCACUCAAAUGCACCUCACAGAUCACCUCGCCGCAGAUGCCCAACCCAUCGCCCUCUUCCUUCUCGGAGAGCGCCACCCAGCCCGUGGACUCUUCCCUGGCUUUCCCGUGGACCUUUCCCUUCGGUAUCGACCGUAGGUUCCACCAGGAUAAGCAGCCCAAGCUUCCCGAGAGCCCACGUCGUCUGGAACAGGCAGGGCCCUCGGACGUGAGCCGCCGGCUGAGUGAUUUCCUCACCUGUGAAAGCUCCAUUAAGGCACCGUUGUCGCUGGCCGGCACCGAGGAGAACGUGCGUGUGAAGGUGGAGAGGCUAAGUGACGAGGAGGUCCAGGACACGUCGUCGCAGCCCGUCAGUGCAUCCCAGAGUUCCCUGAGCGACCAGCAGACAGUGCCCUGCAGCGAACAGGUCCAGGAGGACCUCCUCAUCAGCCCGCAGUCCUCCUCCAUAGGUAUGAGUAUCACAUGAACGGACAUAACACUCCAAAGUCAGUCUGUCAGAUGUUUUCAGACCUCAACAGUAGUCUUAUGUCAAGCUGAGUCCGCAACACACGCCAACGGUUGUGUAGAUAUAGCUAUAUGCCUCGACCCCAGAUGAAUGGAAGGGCUAGGCCUAAGCACAUCAUCUGGUGUGCAUAUCUUUUCCGUUAAUUUUGGAUUGAGGCAUGUAGCUGGGUCUACAUAAUGGAUGACCUAGGAUGUGGACUUAUCUCAAUACAAGACCACCAACUUCUUUUUCUCUUUACACUUUUUUGGAGUGUAAUUUCCCUCUAAACUUAAAGGGCUAAUCUGCAGUUGUUACAUACUUUUUUUGCUUAUAAAUUAAUUCUAUUUAGGCCAACCCAUUGAUUCUUGAAGAAUAUAACUUAUAAUUGCCUCAUGAACUUUGUUCAACUGUCAUACCCCAUCAGAAUGCAAAAUAUAUUAUUGUUUUACUCAAAGUAACAAAGUAUGUGUAAAUACAAACAAACACUGUAUAGCCUCAAAACAUUUUAAAAACUAUAAUUUUGAUAUCAUGGAUGGUCAAUCCUUGGAUCGAUAGCUCUGUCUAUGAAUUUCGGCCCCAUUCCUCAGCUGUUUUCCCAAACAGUGGCAGGGAGGAUGCUUUAUUGUUUCAACUGCAGAUUGCCACUUUAAAGCUAUUCAGUCUUUGCAUUCGAUCUGUGUAUGGGUUCUAUCCCGAACCAUGUCUUAUGGAAAUCAGACUGAGAAAGAGCUAGUAACUGGUGGAAAUUAUAUUUCUUCUUUGUUUUGGCAUAGGUUCGUUAGAUGAGGGAGUCACAGAAGGGUUGCCUUCAAUGCAAAGUACAUCCAAUGCUGGAGGUCAUGCUGAGGAUGAUGAAAGGUAACAAUAAUUGGUUGAAAACUUAGUAGCACAGAUGGUACGGAAAAAGUGGAAAUAUAUAUAUAUAUUUUUUAAUGUAAGUGGAAAUAUCAUGAUCAACUUCCCUGGUUUUCAACUCCACUUGUUUGGAAGGUUUGAUAACCUUGAGAUGUUCUUUUGUUCAAGCUAAUCUUGCAUUUAUGUAAGAUGUUCCAUUUUGCCUUCCAACUGGUAUGGAAACCUUGAGGUCUUGAUGUUAUUAUGAUGAAGCUAAAGGAAGGUUUUGAUCUGACGCCACAAGCCUUACCACAUUUGUGUGUACCUCACUGAAGCAUCACAUCCUCUUUCUUGUUUCUCAGAUUAGAAAGCCUCCAGUACCCUUACCACUUAUACAUAAGCCCUUCAACCCGCCCUGGCACUAACGGGCCUGACAGACCUUUCCAGUGCCCCACGUGUGGCGUCCGAUUCACCCGCAUACAGAACUUAAAGCAACAUAUGCUCAUCCACUCUGGUAGGUAUUUCCACACAUCCACUAUGCAGUUGAACAGGGCUGUGUAGUCUAACUACUGCGCUGCGGGUAUCUGUUAUGUCGUAGGUACCCAUCUGGAAAGUGGCUCAUGUGACUUGUACUGUAUUUACAUUGUCCUCUACAGUAGUUCCAUGCGUCCUCUAUCCACCUGAUGAUAGGAGCCGGAGAUUAAUGGUAUGAAUGGCUCUUUAAUGGUUUGACUCAUGGCACACUGUGGAGAAGGAUGAAGGGCAUUCCAGGGAACAUUGAUUUAGGAAACACUUGAGGCUUAGUGUCUCCCGCCUCGGCUGACAUCGGAAAAACACACUCAUCAAGUACACACGUGCACACAUACCCAAACUCUUGCUUGACGACAGUGGAACAUUAUAACAGGAAAUGAUGUCAACCAAAUAUCGACACAUCUCAACUUGACUCUUAACCUUCAUAAACAAGCAGUGUUAAGUUCAAUGAGAUCGAGUGUUGUUGUUUCAACGUUUCCAGCCCUUGAUACAACAAGUUUGAUUUUGGAGUGUAAUGUCCCAUUAAUGUAUCCUAUAAGCUUGAAGCAUGAAGUUCUCAAUUGUAGAGAAUGCCUACUUUUAAGUUGUCUAUAUAGCCAGUUAGUAGUUGUCCAAAAUCAGGCUUGCAUGUGGACAGUCCCAUUUGUGCAGCCAUGUACGGUUACAGCAUGUGGAAAGUAACUAACUAUAGGCUGCAGGCAAUGACUCCACAUUGUGUCCCAACAUAUUAUGGGAUAAUGGUCUCUGGUACUCCAAACUUCAGACACACUGCUCACAUGAAUCAAAAAGACCACCAAGGUAUUCAUUGGGGUUCCAUCCCCUUGCCAAGACACAUAUCCACUGCCUUGCAGCUGUGUCCAGAGGUUUUUCACUACUGUAGCUCCUGUGUGGUAUUAUUAUUCUAAACUGGCCAGUCAGAUAUACUGUAGAGUAGGGCUGACUAUCUGGUUGGACAAGACUUCAUGGUGCUCAAGUCUUCAGGGUCAUUUAAGCUCGACCCAUAGUGUUGUAUUGUAUGCAGUUAAAAGUAAUGCAGUUCACGUCUGCUUAAAUGAACCUGCUCUGCGCAAUGGGCUUCAUUGGAAAUUCUCGUGAACAAAUGCGUCAAAGAGCCGUCAAGGUAUUUUUAUAUUUCUCAUUGAAAAAAGUUGGGCUUAUGUUAAAGUCGUGGCAUGUUUUACGAGGGCCAUAAAUAACUGAGUCUACGGAAGCCCUUUUUGUUGUAUUCCAUGGCCACUGAGUUCUAUGGAAAUAAUGUUGUGUGCCAACUCAAUCUCCCUUCAUAUUGUUCCCCUGGUCCGUUCGGCUCAGAAAUGCUUGUUGCGACUUAUGCAUGUCAAUGAACCAUGUGACAUUGGAGACUGGAUGCCUCGGUCAUAGUUUCUUUGGUGUGCAUGCACACUAUGUUGUAGGUCCGUUUCUUUAGCUAUUACGCUGACACAUUUUACACAUCUAUUUUUAACACUCACAAGUACAAUUUUUGUGAUACAUUUUUAACAUCGACAUCUUUUUUUGUUUUGUGGAAGUUUUAACAUUGACAAUUCUAAAAAUCAAUGUCGUAAUGCAGAAUUAAUAGUCAAUCUAUUGUAGUGAUUCUAAUGUGCAACACAAGUAAUCUUUCUCUUCCUCCUCUUCUCAACAGGCAUUAAGCCCUUCCAGUGUGAUCGCUGUGGGAAAAAGUUCACACGGGCCUACUCCCUAAAGAUGCACCGGCUGAAGCACGAAGGUAAACGCUGUUUCCGGUGCCAGAUUUGUAGUGCCACAUUCACGUCCUUCGGCGAAUAUAAGCACCACAUGAGGGUCUCCCGCCACAUAAUCCGCAAGCCCCGGAUUUACGAGUGCAAAACGUGCGGCGCCAUGUUUACCAACUCUGGCAAUUUAAUUGUACACCUGCGGAGUCUGAACCAUGAGGCAUCUGAACUAGCAAACUACUUCCAGAGCAGGUGAGGAGUCCCGGGGUGUCGUCCCUUCAUUUACUCAGCUUAACGUAACACGGGAAAUAACCAAAAAAUACAAAUAAAUCUCCCAAAGUGGCCAUGUUCAGGGAGAAAUGCUAUUUCAAGCUUUUCAGAAUUGGUUCAUUAAACAGGCCCAACUAACUGUUGCACACUGAGCAUACUGUAAAACUUACAGUACAACACAUCUCAGUCAUGCUGAAUAUGUGGUUCAAAGCAGUCUUUGGCCACUUUCCUCAUAAUCCCUAUGUAGUUGGCAAUAUAUAUAUAUAUAUAUAUAUGAAUUAGCUCAAGGGUAAUGUAAUCUAUUACAUUAGUUACUAUUGUGUAUUUAGUUGUCCAAUUUCUUAAUUGAACCAUUCCAUGCUGUUAUCUGAGUUGCUAGCCUUUGGGAAACAUACAGUAUCAAAUUAUACGUGCUACGGGCUUUUAAUCCUUGCGUCUCGCAACAAUUUUGAUAAAUUACAUAACCUAUUUCUGUCAGAAUGCAUUUUGCUUUUCCAUAUAGGAAUUUCACUCAGUUUAAUGGCUUUUAUUCAAAUGUAGAGUUCAUAGUACCUAACGUACUACAUAAAGCAGACAUGUGCUUAUAUAUUCUAGACUUUUCCACUUCUUAAUCAACUCAAGCCCUUACAGGUUGGUAGGGCUCAAAUGGGCCAUUUACUUUUUAAAAUGUUAUAGUAUAAUGUCUACGCCUGAGAUCAUAACACUGUAUGGAAAAUUAUUUGGCAAUCCAGUUUGAUUCUCAAAAAACAGAUCACCGGCCUCACACAGUCCUCACAUAAAAGAUCUGUCACCGUGUAAAUGUGCCGAUUUCAUCCGUUUUUCAUAUUGCCUUUGACUUCCACCAUAUUUACUGUGUAGUCUACUUCAUAUAGGAGGUUUAGAGACACUGUUAUCAACAGCCUUCUAUCGUCUGUUAUGUCUCCACAUGGUCCCAGUGAUUUCCUCAUGCCCGACUACCUGAGCCAAGUGCAGGAGGAGGAGACUCUCGGGCAGUACGAGCUGGUGGAGCACGGCUUCGAAGGCAACAACUCGUCUGUCCAGAUGCCGGUCAUCUCCCAGGUCUCCUCCACCCAGAAUUGCGAAAGCAGCACCUUCCCCCUGGACCCUUUAUCCCUGAAGGACGAAAACAUGUCAGAGGAGCCAAAGACAAACGGCAGUAGCAGCUCCCCGGACGGCUCGGAGGAGGAGAACGCCCACAUCAAAGAACUGGCUUCUAUUACGAUUGAGUGA